UGUUACAAGGACGUUGUUUCUGCUCAUGACUAAGAAAUGACACUUGAGACUCUGUGUAAUGUGUGUCAAACUAUGGCGAACGAAGAAAACAAGGAAAGUGAUUUAAAUGAUGUGGUCUUGCAGGAGAAUGUGUGUAAAACUAAUGCAAAGAAACGUCCAAAACGAGUGUUGCAUUUUUCUGAUGGAGAUUUAGAAGAAUAUUCUUCAGAAGAUGAAGUAGAUAAGAUAGAAGAAAAUAAAAUUGUAGCAGAAAUCGAUCCGCAUACUCUUAAUUGGUUACCUUGGACUUGGUAUCAAACAACCUGGGUCGGUACAAAAGUAUUGGACGGUUGUGAUUAUCUUGGUGAAUGGCUAGCCAAUUUUUUUGGUAUUACAACACCUAAGUAUCAAUUUGAAAUUGAUGAAUUUCAUAGAUUACAAGCUCUACAAAAUGAGAUGAUUCAUAAGAACGAUUUAGAAAUGGGUGGAUGGAAUAAUCAGAAUAGAAAUAAUUUAAUUAAUACUACAAAUCAAGCAAAGAAUUAAAUGUGUCUAUGUUUCUUAUGUAAGAUAUACAAUAUAUAUCUUACAUAAAAAUAAUUUAAUAUAUUUAAUGUAUAUAUAUAUAUAUUUAUUCAUAAUUUUAUAAAUAAAUAAUAAUAAUUAUA